AGCUUCACUCUCUCCGCUGCUCGUCGCGAGGACGAGUUGCCCUCGGAAGGACGUGUGUAGAUGCGCUGUGCAUAGACUUGCUUUGUGUAACCGAACAACAUUGUCAACGACAACGGUGAGGAGAAUAGGAGGUGAGAGGCAGCUGUUCAAGUGAAACACUGAUGGUUGGGACAAAGUAUUGUCCAGAAAUUCCUGUACUUAUACAUGAUUCUCAUUCAAUAGUUUGCUCUUAGUUGAAAGAAACCUGUAGACAAGAGCACUUGUAAAGCAUUGUAUGAGGAGAGAAAAAACUAAACUGCAGUUCUAAGUUAAAAGUAACUCGUAGCAGAUAAAGGCUGACUGACUGAAAGAUCGGGAAGCACGCGGGCAUCAGCGUUUGGCAUAGGUGCGUACUGACCUGAGGGGCAGACCGUACCCGCACAACAACGGACACCAGCGGAGAGCCGCAGCGGGGCAGCAGCCUCGCCCAGGAGGAGAUGGGGGGUUUGGUUGGACCCACCCUACUGUGGCUGCAGGAUGUGGCUGCAGUGGUGCUGCUGCGGACCCGACGUGUCUUUCUGCAGGCUGCCAUCCUUCUCUGUGUGCUGGUGCUGCUGCUCUGGGUGGCCAUCUUUCUUUAUGGCAGCUUCUACUACUCGUAUAUGCCCACUGCCAGCUUCAGCACCCCAGUGCACUACUACUACAGAAGUGAUUGUGAACCUCCCAGCUCUACCCUCUGCUCCUUUCCUGUGGCAAAUGUCUCCUUCCUGAGGAAUAACCGAGACCAGGUGAUGGUAUAUGGCCAGCCUUAUCGAAUCUCUCUGGAGCUAGAGAUGCCAGAGUCUCUAGCCAACCAGGAGCUGGGUAUGUUCAUGGUAAAGAUGACCUGCUACACCAAGGGGGGACAACCCAUUUCUACAGUCGCCCGCUCAGUUAGCCAGCUCAUCACUUCAGGUUCUCGCACCGCCAUGCUGCACUACCGCUCGAGUCUCCUGCAGGCCCUUGGCACUCUGUUCUUCUCCCCACUGCUGCUGUCUGGAAUGUCAGAACAGAAGCAGCUUGUCGAAGUGGAGCUUUUCUCUGGCUACAGAGAGAAUUCGUACCUUCCAACUGUAGGGGCAGUGAUAGAGCUCCAGUCUCGGAAAGUCCAGAUCUACUCGGCUCAGCUCUGGAUCCAUGCUCACUUCACUGGCAUUAGGUAUCUGCUUUUCAACUUCCCACUGACAUCAGCAGUGCUGGGUGUGGCCAGCAACUUUGCUUUCCUGAGUGUCCUGGUGCUCUUCAGCUACCUGCAGUUCAUUUGGGGAGGGAUCUGGCCUCCAGAGCAGGUCCGAGUCAGGGUCUUGCUGAGAAAUGGUGCCCGACCACAGCAAAGAAGAGAAGAAGCCAGGAGACGCAUAAGCUACAAUGAGAAGACUGAGAGGAAUGAUAGCCCACAGGACCCAGGGACUGGGACGAACACAGAACCACCGGGAAAGGGCGAACUGGAUUCUGAAGUCCCAGAGACUAUUGGCUCCCUGAACGGACCGGUCAGCUUACAAGAUGAAGCUCCAGAUUUCUCCACAGAUGACCCUGUUCUGUUAGAAGCCCCCGAGAUAUUGGACACCACUAUGAGUGAGGAAGAGCCUGAUGCUGGAGAAGAGGUCGAAGCACAGGGGAGCAGCGAGCAGCAGGAGGACCUCUCAGAUUCAGAUUCAGCCUCUGCCACUGUCCUGCGUCAACGGCAUGGAGCUUGCAUGAGCUCUUAAGGCAGGAACCAUCAAAUAUACACAAAAAUACAUGCCCACUCAGAUUUUCAAAAAUCUCCAUAGGUGCCUUUGUAUGCUCUUUCUUGCUCCCUCUUCCUUCACUAUAUAGGACAUACAUAUGGGGCAUGGCAGACACAUUGACGCAUGUUUGUAAGCAAAUGUUUGCAGGUUUAGAUCUCCUUAAGGAUUCUACCUUUGUACCCUGGGGCAAUAUAUUCUGAAUAAUCUGGAAAUGCCUCACUAAAAAUGACGAGCAGUAUAAACUGGUGAAAUGGAGCAUUAAGAGCUAUGCAUCCACUAAUGAAAGAAUGUCAUUUAAACAGUUUAACUGGAAAAAUUAAGUAACUUUCAGAUUAAUUUUUAUGUCAUUGCUAAGCAUAUUAACUUUUUUCUAACACAGAGUCUUUGUCUGCACAAUAAAAUGACGCAAGCAUAAACUCAACACUGCACAUCUAGAGCUGUACUGCUACCAUUUGUACUAGGUUAUCGCAUCUCCACUUCCUGUAACACUUCACUUUAACUUUGUAACCUAUCACCUCUGUACUCGACUUUAAUAAAACUGUAUAACUUUUGUCUCUGUUCGUUCUGAAAAUGAUGAAAGCACAGGAAUAAUUUAGAUUUUAACUACGAACUUGACCGUAAAACUAAUUUUUUUUUUUUCCCCUCCAAUUUUAUUUUUUAUACUUUUUUUUUUAAAAAUGUUAUACUGUGGUAGGUAUAAUGGGAUAGUUCAUGAAUGUUAGAGUGGUACAGUUGGCAGAGAACUUGACCGGGUAACCUUUAUUUAAUAAUGUGUGAUGAAACUCUUUGCCAAAAAUAAACCUCUAUCAGUAUAAAAUUUUUCAGCCUGUAAAUGGGUUGACUCAUUUGUGCAUUUCAGUCAGGACUAGUACCUGGAGUACUGUAAUUGGAUUGUCAAGAGCUGAGGAAAAACACACCAUAACAGGAGUCCCACUCCUGCAGUAUUACCCUUGAUCAAAGUGCUUACAAUGAACUGUUACAGUAAGAAUACGCUGCUGUAUAAAUGGGUAAAUCAUCGCAGUUGCUUGUCUAACAUUUAAGUCACCUUUGAGAAAUGUGUUACAAAAUAAAGAAAAAAUAUACAGGUGCAGUCUGUGUAUUUAUCUAAAAGCAAUCAUGUCAUGAUAAAACAAAAAACACCCUUAAUGAAU